UACAUGCACCACGCCUCGUUCGUCCGCCCUAUGCCUCCUCCGUAAAGAGCUGUAUUCCAAUGAAAGAGAACGCAGUCGGGAGCGAUUGGUGACAGGCGGGAGGCUACACUGCAUGGUCACUGAGGGCUCUCCUGCAGAGGGCGCUAAGGGGUUUGAAGGUGUACACACUCGUCCGGUCACCUCCAGGCCACGCGCGGUGUCUGCAGUUCGAGUGACUCCUGUGUCCAGCAUGAAGAGUUCCCCAGAGUUAAUGCCUUCAGAGUUAGACCCCACCCGUGUGUGCAAAGGCAAGGGGGCGGUCACGCUCCGUGCCACUCUGGUCCACAUCAAUGACGACGACUGUAUCAGCCAAGAACCAGCUGGGGACCAUGCCAAAAGUGGCUGGCUUGGCGAAGUGAACGGUGACGCCUCAGAAACCCUCUUGGCAGAGGACGGAAUCCACAGAUUGUUGACCGAUUCACCCCAAGUGAACAACAUCGCACCGCUCAAGGCCGAGACACCCCUGAGUAUUGAUCAGAAUCCACGCUGGUCCACGCCAGACCCUCAGACUUCCAUCCCUGCACCAGCCGCCAAGACUGUCCCCCCCUUCCCUUCCAACUACCCCUCCACCACCGCGGUCAACCCCACCAUUGUCCUGCUGCAGCAUAACCGAGAACAGCAAAAGCAUCAGUGUGAUGUGGAAGACCCUACGCCAGAGAGAGACAAAGCUCCAGAAGGGAGGGCGGAGCCACCGGUGGGAGCACCUGCUGGGCCCCCCCACGUCAUGGACGCCGUCAUGGACGCCAAACGGGGGAUGGUGAGGAUGACUCAGCACGCCCCCGUCGACCCUCCUCCAGAGCAACCCCGACCCCCUAUCAGGAACACGGAGAAAUCAAAGGACUGGUACAAGAACAUGUUCAAGCAGAUUCACCGGGUGCCAGAACCUGUCGAGGAAAACCCCUAUCGCCCCACGUAUGUUUUCCCAGAAUGCAAUGCCAGACCGCUGAGAUUCAGAGAUGAUGGGCCUUCCUAUAUAUAUGCUGAAGAAGAGAGGAGUGUGCCUGUCGCUAAAAGUGCAAUGGACACAGGCUCCAGUGCGAAGCUUCCUGUGCCAACAAGAACAUCUUCCCUCAAGCCUGCCACUGAAAGGAAUGACUGGGAACCCCCUGACAAGAAGGUAGACACCAGGAAGUAUCGUGCCGAGCCAAAGAGCAUCUUCGAGUAUGAGCCAGGGAAAUCAUCCGUGCUGAGGCAGGAGAGAACGAAACAGGACAUAAGCCCGGAUGAUGUAGAUUUAGAGAAUGAGCCUUGGUAUAGAUUCUUUUCAGAGAUGGAGUUGGGAAAAGUGAGUGCCCCUACUUUCACCCCCCUGGAGACACCUUCCGAUCUACAGCAAUACUCCUCCUGUAAUACAGACCACAGCGAUGAGACUGAGAAGGACGGUGGGUCCAGGGACCCAACCGCUCCAGAAUGCGACCGGCACAUUUACAAGAGUGUCCUGGAGGGCGGAGACAUCCCCCUGCAAGGUCUGAGGGCACUCAACAAGCGCCACCCCAGCUCGUCCUCCUCCAAAGCGGAUUAUAAAGGUGGGAAUGGCUAUAUAAUUUCACCCUGCUCCUCUGUAAAUAGUCGGUCAGUUCUUGCCAGUAAUGCGCUAGGUCACCCCUGUAAGGGUAAGAAGCCCUUGUCCGCUGCCAAAGUCUGCAUCCCCCAAAUACUCCCCUCCAAGUUCAAGCCCAAACUGCUGCCACCUACUGGUGAGAGUCAGGAGAGGACUGAGGCCAACGGGCCCCAAAAGACCCCCAGCUGUGAGGGGUCACACAGGGUCACUAACGGGUGUGUGGAGGACGACGAGGAGGAGCUGGAAAAGGAGGAAGCAGCCGGAACCUGCUCGGCGUCAAAGAUGAACAGACUGUCAGAGAGCGUGGAGGAUCUAAGGAACGAUCCGAGUACAGCUGCGAACCGCAGAAGCGCGGCAGAGUUUUCGGCGCUCUACCGGAACAUGCACCAGAUCCAGCGGCCGUGCUCGCUGGGCUCCAGCCCUCAUGGGAGCGUGCGGAGCCUGACCUCGCUCUUCGAGAAGGUGAGCACGACUGCAGGUGGGGGCAGGGGUGAGGGCGAGAUGGGCGAGGGGGGCAUUGUCUCCCGAAACGCCGUGUCCUACAGGGUGACGGAGUUCGAGCAGAUCAUCCAGCGAUCGGUGCCCUACACAGCCCCCGUUCGCUCUGCCUCCAUGCCCACCCUCCACUGCAGCCAGAGUCCCUCCCACAGCCCGGCCCCUGCCUGCUACCUGCCCUCCGCGCUCUCUGCUGAGUCCCUGGUGGUCUCCGGUGAGGCCCAGCGCUUGGCAGGCUGCCUCCUGGUGGAGUCGGAGGCCAAUUCACCUGAGGGAGAUGACACCUCCUCGUACUCUGACAGCGAGACGGCAGAAGGCCUGUCCUGUUUUGAGCUCCGCAGCACGGCCAGGGCCGCUGCCGGGAGGCCCGGCUCACACUCGGGCACGGAGGAGACAGAGGCAGACACGGACAGCGGCUCCACUGGGAACGCUCCUACCGAGAACUCAUCCUCCUGUGAAGAGGCAUUGGUGCCGGACUCGCUCCCCCUCCCACACCUACAGCCAAACCACAUUCACCAUAACCACCACCACAACCACAACAGUCACCACCACCCUAACCUCUCCCCUCUCCACCUUCACCUCAAGCCAAGCAAAUGCAAAGGGUCCUGCCCGGCCUCCUACACCCGCUUCACCACCAUCCUCCGGCACGAGAGGCAGCAGGCUGGCAGCACCCAGCCCAGCAAGCUGCUCUCCCCUCUGGACAAGAAGCAGCACGCUAUGCCUGCUAACCUCCUACUCAUGGGGCCCGCACCCUUCCGCCUCCGGAGGUCACAGCAAGGCAAGCGAACAGGCGCCCUGUCGGCCACCAAGGCACUGGAGCCCCAGCCGCUGAUCCCCCAGCGACUUUCCUCUCUGGAGGUGCUGGACCGGCUUAGCAACGGGGAGGGGUCGCCCACGGAGGGCGCCGGGGGCAACAGCGGCGACUUUGGUAACGGGGAAAGUUUGGAUGGCAACAGGAACCACCUGUCAGCAGAGGCAACUCACCAGCGAGAUUCGGACUCCGGUCUCCCGCCGAGUAGGACGGAGUUCGGGGACGAACCCGAUGAGGGUGCAAGGAGGAGAUACGGAGACAAAGAGAAAAUUCUGGAGGAGCAGAGGAGGUUGAAGCGGGAGCAGGAAGAGGCUGAUAUCGCAUCGCGGCGACACGCAGGCAUUGUGCUGACCCACCACCAGUUUAUCACCAACGACCGCUUCGGUGACCUGCUCACUAUCAACGACUCUGAAAAGAGGAAAUCUGGCCCAGAGAGAACUCCUGCCUUGGCCAAAUUUGACUUUAAAGCUGAAACCCUAAAGGAGCUCCCGUUUCAGAAAGGAGACAUUGUGUACAUCUACCGGCAGGUGGAUCAGAACUGGUUUGAGGGUGAGCACCACGGUCGAGUCGGUAUUUUCCCCAGGAGCUACAUCGAGAUUCUUCCUCCCACUGAAAAAGCCCAGCCACAGAAAAGCGCUCCUGUUCAGGUGCUGGAGUAUGGAGAGGCCUUCGCCCGCUUCAAUUUUAAUGGCGACACUCCCGUUGAGAUGUCCUUCAGAAAGGGGGAGCGCAUCAUACUCAUUCGCAGGGUGGACGAGAACUGGUACGAGGGCAAAAUCGCCGGCACCAACCGCCAAGGCAUCUUCCCCGUCACCUACGUGGAGGUGCACAGGCGACCCCGCGUCAAAAAUGGAGUUGAUUACCCCGACCCGCCCAUCAGUCACUCGCCCCACCGUAGCACCAACGCCUCACCCCUGCCGAUCCGUAACCGGCUCACCACCGCACCACUCCCUCUCCCGCGCUCCCCCGCGCGCUCCGUCUCCCCCGAGGUCCAGACCAUCUCCAACGAGUGGAUCUCCCUCACCAUGGGGGCGGCAGGCCCCCCGACAGCCCCCACACCGCCGCUGCCCCCCCCACCCUCAGCCUCCUACCGCUGGGGCGAGUACCUGCCCCCAUCCUACUCCGGCAGCCCAGUGCCCCCCGUGCCCCCCGUGCCUCUCAUCAGUCACUACUGCAUCUCCCCCAUGGGCUCUCCGUCUGCCUCCCCCCUGCCCCCUCCCUACCCGCCCCGUCCCAGCUCCGCCACGCCCUUCCUCACCUUCACCCCGCCCACGGGCGAGGACUUCCUCCUCUCCCCUCCCUCCCCACGUCUCUCCCGGAGCCUGAGCCCAUGCGGGGGAGCCGGCCUAGAGGGCUGGCUGACCGGGGUGAGCCCUCUGGAGAGGGAGCUCCACGACAGGGAGGGCCCAGAGGGUGGUCGAUCUUGCCCCCCACGCGGGGGCCAGGGCAGCUGGGCCAAUAGCCCUGCAGAGCCUCUGAGAAAUGAGAGUGACUACCACGGCCGCUCUUCCAGGAGUCCAGUCAUGCUCUUCGACAUCCAGGACAGCAACAUGAACGCAAACUCAUUCACGGAGGCGGUGUGUAAUGAGAUCAUGAAUAUAGCCGAGACCUCUGUGAGGUACUGCAGCACACUGUCUCGGCCCCUUGACUCUAGGCACAAGAUGCCGCCUCAUCCCAGUAAACACUCUCUCAUCGUUUCCCAGCAACCACAAAUGAAUGUAACUAGUAUAACUCCUCUCUCCAGUUUCCAGGCCCUGUACAGCUAUGUGCCACAGAACGAGGAUGAGCUGGAGCUCCAGGAGGGAGACCUUGUCAGUGUCAUGGAAAAGUGUGAUGACGGCUGGUUCGUUGGUACCUCCAAGAGGACGAAACAGUUUGGCACUUUUCCAGGGAAUUAUGUGAAGGCCGUCAAUGUGUAAAGUGUACAAUUGUAUAGUUUACCUGAGGUGAUUCUAGAAGGAUACCAUGAAUGCCUGUUUAGCUUGGGAUGUCAUUACCAACACGCUUGAGUUUAAAAAAAAAUCUUGAACUAUUCUUUUGUUUUACUUUCUUGAGGAUUGUUUCCUAGCCAGGUGAAUAUAGUUGUCUGUGUAUGUGAUCAGUAAGGUUUGAGGUAUGUCAGACAAGCACACUAGAGAGUCUAUUUUCACAUUCAAAUGCAUGGCACAUACUUGCAUAGAAUCCUGUCACACAUUGGCCUCAGCUAUUACAUUUAUUUGCCUACAUUUAGCAUUUUCUGCUAAAUAUAGCACCAUUAAAUGUUCUACUAAGCUUAAUCCAAGAAUGACUCUACUGCCAACACUAACACAGGAGCAGUAAACGUUUCAUUCUUCUUCUCCACACCCAUACCAUUUAUCAGUCAUAACAGGUUAUCAUCACGUAAGCAAUGACACCAAUUAUUUACUCCAAUUAUUCAUAAUAUUCUGAUUGGGUAACCUGUGUCUGCAUUUGCAGUCUGAAAAUAGACCCUAAAUGAAUCAAGUGGGAGGUGUUGAAAUGGAACAUUUUAACCCUAACAGCCCGAGCGAAACCAUGGCGUACUUCAGUACCUCUACUGUGUUGCACACCUGACUAAAUCACAUUGUAAUCUAACUAGCUACAUGGAAUAGUGUGGUUUUAGUGAUUUCUGAACGCCCCUCACAACUAUACAGUGUAUUCUUGCGCACAACAAUAGCCUUGCCAUAUCAUUGGAGGUAUUACAGUAGAUGUUGAAGUAUGUCUUAGGCACAUGAAAGACUGUAGGAGGCUUUUGUGGCGAUAUACAAGAGAACAUUGAUUGGAGUGGUCAAGACGACCUCAAGAGGAACCAUGGAAUCUGCCCAGAGUGGCCCUAGAGAAUUCAGCAGUUCGUUAUUCUUUGUUUCUUUAUUACUUUUGCAAGAUACCUGCUUUGAUUUAGUCAUGCGUUCCAACAACAAUAACGAACUAUACUUUCUUUUAAAUUUACUAAAUCAGAGUUAACCAAGUCCACUUAAGUGACUUGGCAGAAUUGAUAACGUAUUUCCAAAGGAAAACCAGUAGCUGGUGGAGAGUAGUCAGGUUCACCGACAGACAUCACACAGCAUGUGGUGGCACAUACUUGAUGCUUGUCCAACAGACUAUAUUCCAUGGUUUUGAAUUUCAAAACUCAUUGACCUCAAGUUGAACCAUACUAACGUAUGUGAACUUACAGGGACGCCUAAGUUUUAAAAAGUCAUGCUAUGGUUACAUUCAAGGUGUGAGAGGAGUGUAAAAUCCCGGUAUAAAUCUGUUCCAUUUGGGUUUAAAAGUUUAUAAGGUUACACUAAACAUAAAAAUCAAACAAUUACCUCAGAGAAGUCCCUAAAAAUUCCCAGUAACAGUUGACAUAUGGUCUUUGUCAUUCUUACAAAUACAAUCUUGCAGACAACAAGUGCCGCACUAGUUCCAUUGUGCCUAAUAAAUAUGAAAGCCACAAUCCUCAUCAUAAUAUCAGUCUACUCACUGAUCCCACAUCUGGUCUGGGUAUACAAGGACACUGCCAGCUUGGCAGCUUAGUUCAGGCAUUUUGUACAAAUGAUUCUCAUUGUGAAUGGUCAGAUAAGCAAUGCUUUACAACACAAAGUUGGAGGGCUAGUGUUAGCUGACACGCUAAUGUUGUGACUAAUCUGAGGGUUGCUGCAGCAUGUUCCAACGCCUUGUGAGUUAAUUUAACACGCCUAAAUAGCUAGAUUCAAAUUCAGAUUCUAACUUCCUGAUCUAAUUUCAGUGUCUGGACUCUGUCCACAUCAGUUUUAUAAGUAGGUGGACUGAUAGACAUAGCUACAGCGAGAAUGUCGUUUUACCCAUUCAUUUGCUGGCAGUACAUAGUACAUUGGAAUUUCAUGGUACUCUGAUAGCAUUUCUUUAACAGCUGUAACAAUCGUGUAAUUGAUUGUCCUCAUUUAAAAGUUUCCCUGCUCCCUAUUUGAUAGCCUGCAGUGAAACCACAAAAAUAUAUAUAUAUUGGAAAGGAACGUAUCACUGAUCAAAGCACUUCUUUUCAACUGUACUCACAUUUCCUGUUGAUGUAGGUCAGAAUGUAUUCAAUAGAUCCAUUGACUGGAGUAAAUUAAUGCGAUAAGGGUUGAUUUGUGGACACUGACUGGCAUAAUAACAAGCCCUUGUGCAGAAUGUGUGUUUUUUUUUUUCAUUAUACAGCACUUCAUGCAGUUGUUGGUUUGUCUUUUGCUGCCCACACCAAAGAGAGACAGGCAGGAAUACCUUAAGAAUUGCCAUACGGAUUCACUGAAUUUAUUUACAUUGUUUAGCUGUGAUAUGGAUACUGUAACAUCACUUGUUUACAUGGUCAGAUAAUAUAGCUAACUUAUGUGUGCAUUUAAAAAACUACAGUUCCCCUCAUGGUUAGAAAUUGGUUGCCUAACAGAGAUAGGUGGUUCUUGUGACAGCAAGAGUGUCAAAAGUUUAGUAACAUAAGGGUUUUGACUUACAAAAGAAUGGAAGCAAAGAAGGCACAUCUGUGUUAUUGUAUGUAUGUCUUUCUGACAACUUGUCAAACAAGUGGACAGUUACAUUACGUUGUUAUUUAACCAUGUGAAUUUGACUGUUGUUUUACACUACCAGAUCAGUGUUUUUUCUUAAUACAUUAACAUCCACUGCAUUGGACCGUCCAGUGAUAUGAUCUCUGUGAGAAUGUUUUUAUUUUAACUGCUCAAAAUCCAGUUUUGCGUCUGUUCUUGGAUCGGUUUGGGGCUAUUAUUGCACCAUAACCACGCAUCAUUGUUCCAUUAUCACUUUAGAAUGAAUUGUGUAGGCCUUUGAAUCUCACCGUUCCCAUCAAUAGUAUCCCUUCACAUCUGUUUUUAUUAGCUUCUCUUCACGUCCACCUCAACAAUCACUUUACAAAAAGUUUAUUUCAGCUGACUGUAGUGUGACCCUGCUUACAUUGCAGCUAUCUAUAACUGCCAAGCUGUGAAGGGCAUGGGAUUAGAUCUUUCGAAUAGUGUAACACAGAAAAUGUAGAUCAUGACAAACAUUUCACUCAGGAGGCCUUUCUUGACUAUCUGGAGACAUUGUGGGUACAGGAAGUUGGGUCACUGUGCAUCAACACAAUGAUGCAAUGCCUGUCUUUGGGCUGCACUAGCUCAAAUCAAGUUUGAAUGGCCAUUUGAAGGCCUAUGAAGACAUACAUCAAUACAUUUAAUAAAUGUUACAGCAAAGGGCGUAGGUAAGGUAAUAGCCAUUAUAAUACACUUUACGGACAUAAUUGUCAAGGACUUGCAUGACUAAUCAUGUCACACCUUUGGCAGAAUGUUGCGAAUGACUCAAAACGAAAGAAAGAGUUACCCUAGUCCAACAAUCUUGAAGUCCGUUCUGUCACAGACCACAUAUUACUGUCAUACGGCGGGAGGGGAUAUUGAUACUAUUUUUUUGAGAGGGAAAAAUGGCAGUGGACACCCAGCGAGUAAUUUUACAGCGUAGAAAUGGAAGGCAUAACAUUUAUUUCUUUUUCUUUUGUUUUGGCUCCACAAAGCAUCGGCUGAUGUAUGAAUGUAUUUAUGUGGGGUUACAAACAGUGUCCUUGUAUGUCAAACUGAUCAGUACCUAUUUCGGAGCAUGAACUGAUUCAUGAAACCAUUCAUGAGCUUGUCCAAUGAAAUGUAAAUAUGUAUUAUAUAAAAAAAAAGAUGAGAAUGCAAGUGAUUCAAAGUCACACUAAAGCUCUAUGAAUAUACCAGUUUAUUUACAGGACCUAGAAGGAUUUGUUUUAUUUUUGGCAAAGCACAGAGUGAGAAUUGUUGAGCACAGUCUGAAGCAUAUUUAACAUUAUGCUCACCAUUGUCUAUGGACUUAUAACGCCUUAUGUCACUUAUGUGGUUUAUUCAAUUGUGCCUCAUUUUCAGCUAUCUUCCCAACUUCACAAUAGCGCAGUGGGCCAUGCCAUGUUGAAGGAUACUUUAUUUGUCUUUAUCACAGGUUUUAGCUUUCAUGGAAGGAGAAAACGUUUACCAAGUACCAUAGAGAGUGACAACACAGAGAUGUUUAUCAUUGCCUCUAUACAUGAUUCUUAUAAUUAUGUGAACCUUUGAGGAGACGCACAUUGCAGAUUUUCUUUUGUUUGCUUAUUUGCGGUGCUGUUACAAUAUUGAAAGAAAAACAAUAUUUACUGCUGUGAUUUUCGGUAUUAUUAUGCAAUAUUUAAUAAACUACAUUAAACUGCA